AUGAAGAACGGAAGAGCUUUGGAAUUUGGAAUUUGGAACUUGGGAGAGCUGCAGUACGAUGUGGAGAUGGUUUUAAGGAGCGCCACAUCUCCCAUGCAUGAACCAGACAGGCAUGGUAUUCAAAGCCAAAUCAACUUGGUUACAAACUCCCCACAGAAUUAUCUACAAGGUCUAAAUGCGCAUUCCAAGAAUUCCAGAAUUCCAGAAUCCGACGAUCCCAGGCAUACCCCAGCACAUGGACCUGGUAAAAACAUAUACACUGUAUUAAGAUGCCAGGCUACUGGGUACAUGAAGGAAGACCUUGGUAUGCGCAGGGUGAUGCUCCAAGCCGGGGUGGAAUUAUUAUUGAGACUGAGUAAUAGUGUUUUCCUCCUUGAGUGGUCCGACUUGAUUAGCAGCUGCGGAAUGGUAGCAGUAAAUGUCGAGGGAAACACUGUAUCCGUAUCGGUAGUUGCGAAAAUAAUUCACAUCCAACGUUCUCCAGAGUCCAGCCAAAUAUAA